CAAAUCUCCACCACCACCACCGCCUCCGCCGUCUUCAACCUUAUCACCGUCGAUCAAACCCUAAUUUCUUCACCAUAAUGGGGAUCAAGAAAUCAAACAAACUCUCACAAGCAGCACUGUUAAAGCAAAUCCUCAAAAGAUGUUCAAGUUUGGGUAAGAAACAUGGAUACGACGUCGACGGCCUUCCACUUGACGUCCCCAAAGGCCAUUUUCCGGUAUACGUCGGCGUUAACAGAACCAGAUACAUCGUUCCGAUAUCGUUCUUAACUCACCCUGAAUUCCAGCUCCUCCUCCGCCGUGCUGAGGAGGAGUUCGGAUUUCAUCACGAAAUGGGUCUCACGAUCCCUUGUGAAGAGGUGGUUUUCCGAUCUCUAACCUCCAUGCUCCGAUGAAGAGGUUUAGGGUUGUUUUUUUCCGAUCACGGUGGUGAUAUUCCUCCGGCGAGAUUGAAGAAAGAUGGGGUUAAAGAUGAAGCUGCAUUUUGGCCUUCGCUUCUCCUUUUUUAAGGAUGAUUACUUUUUCCAGAGCUAAAGUUUCUAAAUCCAGAGAAUCGUACAACUGACAAAGAAGAAUGUACAAGUCUUGGAUGCAGCACAGCUCUGAGAAAAUGAAUUUCCUUUUUUAACCAUUUUUCUUUAUUUAUUUUUUCUGACUCUAACCCAAAAUACACCUAAAAAAAUUUAAUAUUUAUUUAAUUAUUAUUUUUUUGGGUUAGAUUAAUGUGUACAAAUUGAAAUCUUGUAAUUUUCCUCAUUUGAGGUGUAAAAUUCUUUACACCCUUUUGAGAGACUAAAUAUUUCAUUAAUGUUAUGAAAUAUUUGGUGGUUUCGAUGAAAAUAUGUAAGCAUGAGUUAUCGUAUGAAUCUUUAUCUG